ACAUCAUUCCAUUUUAAGAGCGCAUGAGUUUCGAGGAUUCCUUCACUCACCAUCAGGAUCAGGAUCUAUGGCCGAACAAAUUCUCUUCGGCACUGCCGAGCGAAUCAUGGAGACUUUCGGCUCCUUGGCUGCUAAUGAGAUCGGACUGCUCUGGGGUGUCAAAGAUGAGCUUCAACGCCUGACCGACACCGUUUCAACAAUCAAAGCUGUGCUUCUGGAUGCGAAGGAGAAACAGGCUGCUGGGAACCAUCAAGUCACAGAUUGGCUCAAAAAGCUAGAAGAUGCCAUGUAUGAUGCGGAUGACUUGCUGGAUGCCUUUUCCACUGAAGCUCAACGAAGAAAAUUAAUGACCAAAAAGGUACGCAUCUUCUUUUUCAAAUCAACCCAAUUUGCCUCUCGUCUUAAAAUGGCCCAUAAGAUUAAGGCCAUAAGAAAGAAGUUAGAUGACAUCAACGCCGACAGGAGGAAUUUCCUGUUGGAGGUACGCGAUGUGGAGACACGUGUCGGGGGAAACAGCCACAGGGGUAACACUCAUUCUGUUGUAUGUGCGGAAGAAGUUAUUGGUCGAGACGAUGAUAAGAAGGCUGUUAUCCACCGUCUGCUGGACUCCAACGUUGAAGACAAUGUUUCAAUCCUUCCAAUUGUUGCCAUCGGUGGAUUAGGAAAGACUACACUUUCUCAACUCAUUUUCAACGAUGACCAAAUCCAAAACCAUUUUCAGCUCCAAAUGUGGGUGUGCGUCUCUGAUCCCUUCCACGUUAAAAAUAUUGUUGAAAAUAUCUUAGAAGCUGCAACAAAGAAGAAACCAGAACCCGCUGAAAUGAAUACGUUGGUAGGUAAACUUAAAGAAGAAAUCGAUGGAAAGAAAUACUUGCUCGUGUUGGAUGACGUGUGGAAUGAGGAUCAUGAAAAAUGGUCUGAAUUGAAAAAAGUGCUGAUGGGUGGUGCAAGAGGCAGUAGAAUAUUAGUGACUACACGCAGUGAAAAGGUUGCAAGGAUUAGCGGGACAGUUCAAUCAUAUUUCUUAAGGGGUUUAGAGGAAGGCGAGUCAUGGUGUUUAUUGAAGCAACUGGCAUUUAAGAAAGGAAAAGAGCCGGAGGACAAUUCAAGGAUCGCAGCAGUUGGGAGGGAGAUACUAAAAAAGUGUUCUGGUGUCCCGCUGGCCAUAAGGACAAUUGGAGGUGUACUACGCUUCAAAAAUUCAGAAGCAGAGUGGUCAUCUUUUAAGGAGAAUGAACUCUCAAAAAUACCUCAGAAUGAAAAUGACAUUGUACCAACUCUGAAGCUGAGUUAUAAUAAUCUUCCUUCACAUUUGAAGCACUGCUUUGCUUAUUGCAGUUUGUUUCCAAAAGAUUACGAGUUUGAUAAAUCAAUACUGAUUCAGCUCUGGAUGGCACAAGGGUUUGUCCAGUCUUGUGAUGAAUCUGAUGAUCAAAACCGAUGCUUAGAAGAGGUUGGCAAUGACUAUUUUAUGGAUUUACUAUGGAGAUCAUUCUUUCAAGAAGCUAAAAAGGAUAAGUUUGAUAAUGUAAUUAGAUGCAAAAUGCAUGACCUGAUGCAUGAUCUUGCCAUAUCAAUGGCAGGAUCGUUGAUCACCACAUUUGAUGAUAAGAAGAGAAGCCUUCAUGAGAGAACUCGUCAUGUCUCAGUUGUUGAUUACUGCGAUGCUUCAUCAAUUACAACUUCAUUGUGUAAAGCAAGUAGGAUACGAACAUUUCUUUGUGAUGAUCACACUUUCUUCAACAUUUCAAAUUGUGAAGCAAUUGUUUCAAGUUCCAAGUUCUUGCGCGUGCUGGACCUGCACCGGAGAAAUCUUGAUUGUCUGCCAAGCUCUAUUGGAAAGUUGAAGCAUUUAAGAUAUCUUGAUCUUUCUGCGAACAAGAAUCUCAAGAAGCUACCCAAUUCUAUAUCCAGGUUGCAGAAUUUGCAAACACUAAAUCUCUCAUUUUGUAAAAAUCUUAAAGAAUUGCCAAGCUCUAUUGUUGAGUUGAAGCAUUUAAGAUAUCUUGAUAUUUCUUGGAACGAGAAUCUCAAGAAGCUUCCCAACUCUAUAACCAGGUUGCAAAAUUUGCAGACACUAAAGCUCUCACAUUGUGAAGAGCUUGAAGAAUUACCAAGCUUUGAUGUUGAGUUGAAGCAUUUAAGAUAUCUUGAUCUUUCUUCGAACAAGAAUCUCAAGAAGCUACCAAAUUCUAUAUCCAGAUUGCAGAAUUUACAGACACUAAAACUCUUACAUUGUAAAGAGCUUGAAGAAUUACCGAUAGACAUGAAAGAAUUAGUUAAUCUCAGGCAUCUUGAGAUAGAUGGAUGUCAACAGUUGACUUAUAUGCCAUGUGGAUUGGGGUUACUCACUAAUCUCCAGACGUUAUCAAACUUUGUGGUCCACAAGGAUCCUUUCUUUCCAUAUAGCAGUGGGUUAAAAGAACUAAAUGGACUAAAUAACCUGAGAAGAAAGUUAGAUAUUAAAAAUAUGAGACAUGGGAAAGAUGGUGCGUCAGAAUGUAAGGAAGCAAAUUUAAAAGAGAAGCAAUAUCUUCAUGGUUUGUCUUUACGAUGGAGUACUGAAGGAGGUGUCAAUGCUUCAAACGUUAAUGUUGAUGAUGAGGUGUUAUUGGAAGUCCUCCAACCGCAUCCACAUCUGAAAGAGCUUUGCUUAGAAGGCAAUUGGGGUUCAAGGCUUCCAAGUUGGCUUUUGUCACUCACAAAUCUUGUUACAUUUCGAUUAUAUGAGUGUACGAAAUGCCAAUACCUGCCACCAUUGAGUCAACUGUCUUCUCUCGAAGUUCUUGAUCUUUCCCAAAUGGACGCUAUGGAGUACAUAUCAGAAAGUGGUGACACCAAUGAGUUCUCUUCUUCUUUUUUCCCGUCUCUCAAGAGAAUCGACCUCUGUAAUUGCCCUAAUCUCAAGGGGUGGUGGAGGAGGAGGGAUUCUUCUGUGGAGGUCAAUAGUGAUAGUCAUAAUUCCAUUGAAAAUACAGAGCAUCCUUUACUCCCUUCCUUUCCUUGUCUCUCACAAUUACAGAUCUUGAAUUGCCCUAUGUUGACUUCCAUGCCAACGUUUCCACAUCUUGAAGAAAAGUUGUACCUUAGGGAUGCUAGCUGGAAGCCACUGCAACAGACAAUGAUGAUGAAUAUGGGAGCACCACAAAGCCCAAUGUCAACAGCAACAACCUCCUCUUCAUCCACUCCUCUCUCAAAAUUGAAGUCUAUACAACUGCAUUCCAUUCCUGACCUAGAAACUCUGCCAGAUGAGUGGUUGAAGAACCUCACUUCUCUCGAUUCUUUAAUGAUAAAGGGAUGCAAUAGAUUAAAUUCUCUCUCCCCAGGUAUACAACAUCUCGCUGCCCUUCAAUACCUGAAUCUUGAUGAUUGUCCUGAGCUUGAGCUAGCCAAUGUUGAGGAUGAGAUGCAAUGGCAAGGUCUUAAGAGCCUCCUCUUUUUGAAGUUUUCACGUCUUCCGAAAUUGGUGUCUCUCCCAUUGGGGCUUCAGCAUGCGACCACUCUACAAAGGCUCCAGAUUUCAGAUUGUGAAAACUUGACGGCUAUACCAGAGUGGAUCCACAACUGCACAUCACUUCAAGUGCUUGAAAUUGAUGGAUGCUCCAGAAUGUCCCAGUUUUAAAUCACUGCCCGAAGGAAUUGUCCUAUCUUAUUGCAAAGAUGCGAGAGCUAAGCGGGUGAGGAUUGGCCCAAGAUUGCUCAAGUAUCCGGAUUCAGGUAUAGAAGUAGCAGAACCAACUAAAGAAAAGAAGAAAUAGAGGAUUUGGAGCAUAUUCGAAAAAUCCAGGUCGCUGAAUUCAUGAUUCUUCACAUAUUAGCCUCUAUUCUUGCUCUUCCCACCACCUCACUGCUGUCAUCUCAAACAAAAGACGGUCAGUCAAGUAGCUCAUCAAGAUCUUUGUUCACCCCUACACCUUGGUGUGCAAGUUGUACACGGGACUCUUCAUGUAGAUGAUUAAUUCCCACCACCUCAUUGCUUUACUCUUCAUGUAAAUGAUUAAUUUAUUACGUGGAUGCAGAAAGAAGCUUUAUAUGGCUUGACAGAGCUUUUGAGAGAGGAAGCCAAAAGUGCUCGUCUAGUUGUGAUAGCAGAAGAAAUUGCAGAGUAUGUUUAUGUUCCGUCAUUUCUUCCUGAAAGACUGUCUGUGACAAACUUGGAAACUAAUAGAUGGUAGUAGUAUUUGUUUUUCUGGUUUUACUAGUUUAUA